AAAAAAAAGGAAAAGAAAAAAAAAACAACGACGUAACACCAGAGCAGCAUCAGGAAACAGAGGAAGCCGUUGUUAGUAUCCCCCGUCCCAGGGUUCGGGUGAUAUUUAAACAUGACCGAAUAAAGUCUCCGAGGUUCGGACACCGACUGAAACACACCCAGCUUAAGGCAGUCCGAGCUGUCUGUGAGACCAUGGUGGACAAUCGCUACGCCACGGCUUUGGUUAUCGGCUCAGUCCUCAGUCUGCUGGCCACUGUCUACCUGUCUGUGGCGGUGGGGACUCAGAACUGGUUUCAGUACAGCACCCCGCCUAUCAAGCAGUGUGUCAACACCACUGCGAUCAAAAAUGAGUUCCUCACUGGAGACUUUGAGGAGAAGACGUACAGCAGCCACCUGUUCAAGUGGAACGGCACCUUGGGUCUGUGGUGGAGGUGCAUCCAAGUUCCUCUCUGCAGCCACUGGUAUUGCUGUCAACAAGGUGAUCUUCAGACAGGCAAUGAAAGUGCCAACACAACACAGCAGAGAAAUUGCACUCAUCAAAGUGGAUGUACAGAUCCUAAGACGGAGACCCUCUGUAUGAGCUUCACCCUUCCUCAGCAGUUCAGUACAAAGGUCAAACAGAACGAGAGCGAGGAGGAUCUGCUCAGAACAUAUCUGUGGAGGUGCCAGUUUCUGCUGCCUCUGGUGUCUUUGUCUCUGGUGUUUCUCAGUGGUCUGGUUGGGGUCUGUGCCUGCCUGUGCCGCAGCUUCACGCCAACCCUGGUUGUGGGAUUGUUCCAUUUUAUCGCAGGCCUCUGCUCUUUGGGAACCGUCUGCUGUUUUCGGAUCAGCGUUGAUCUGCUCAACGGCAAAUACAGAAAACCGGGAGGUAUCGUCGGGUCAAUGGGGUGGUCUCUCUACCUGGCCCUCAUCUCCUUCCCCCUGCAGAUGAUGGCCGCCGCUCUGUUCCUGUGGGCGGCCAGAAGUCACCGCAAACACUACACCCGCAUAACCGCAUAUAGGGUUGCAUAAAGAGACAGGGAUGGUAUAUUUUACGAUAACCAAGUAGGUCUACAACCUUCCUUCCAACAAUUUGUGGUUGCUGUUCAAGAAAAUCUUCAGGUCGUAGCUUCUCACUUCCACUGUAGCAGUCUUGCAAUGCAGAAAUAGUUCAGGGUAUCACAGGUUGAAGCGUCAGCUGCAGCCAAUCCAUACGUACUCAUAAACACAUUGAAUCAUUUCGUGUGGCUUUAUAUCACCUUUGCCUUUUUUUUUUUUCCCCGUUACUGAGUUGUGCAUCAUCUUGAUGUUGCAUAUUUUUAGCUUCUAGGUUGUUGUGCUAUAUUUGUUUCUGCUGGGUUUUUUUUUAUUUUGCCAUUUGCCUUCUUUUUGUUGCCAAUCCUUUUUCAGCUGCUCACCAUAUUGUCCUUAACUGGGAUGCAACUGUGUAAACUUGCACUAUCUGACUUUUAGAUGUGGACUUUUAUGGUCCAAAUCAAUCUAGUUGUUUCUGUUACUGAAAACAGUCUGGUGCACCUUUAUUUAACUUUUUGUCUUGUUUUUACAUCAUUUUUAAAUAUCAAGGCUUUGCAUGUCAUUUGGGUUGACCUUUCCAUCAUCUGUGGUAUUUUUUUUAUUAUUUUGGUUUGUGGUAAAAUGACUAAAUGUCAUAAAAUGCCACAGUCUAAAAGUGGAACCACUCACCUUCUGCUGUCAUUGAUAUUGAUGAAUCUCGUGUGUACCGAUGCAGCGUAAUUACCAAUGUUAUUGUGUUGUUUUUGUAACAAGCUGAAUCUAUUAAAUGCGUCCAGGAAAUUCAGUUACUACUACUGCCAUUUAAAUGUUAAAAGCUGUCUAAACAGUUGCUUUCUCAGUUGUUCAAUGUUGGUUUUAUUGGAGUUUGUCAAAUUUUGCAAUUUAUCUUCACAGUUUGCCUAGCCAUAAACUCAGAAAAGGACACAUCCUCGAUGUAAGAUCUCUUGCAAAAGUAUCUACACCCUUGAGUUUGCACAUUCAGCCUCCUUACAAUCACAGAACUCACUAUUUUUGGACCAACACCAGUGCAUAAAUGGAAAGCUGAAAGAAAAUUGACAAAAUGUUUUUACAUAAGCACCUCAGCUUUCUGGUCGGUGCUGCAAUUCUUUUGGGGGUAUCUCUGUUCCAGCCUUAAAAAUCUACGAGAUUUUGCCAAUUCUAUUUUUGGAAAACGCUAAGCUCUGAUUAGAUAUGUCUAGGAAGAGCCAUUUUUGUCUUUUCUUCACAUGAGUUUAGUUUUGAACUUUGACUAGUCCAUUUCCAUUCAGUUUUGUUCCUGGCCGUAUGUUUAGGCUGGUUGUCAUGCUGGAAGUUGUAGCUCUGCUCCAAUUUAAAAUCUUUUGCAGCCUCUAACGGGAUUUCACCCAGAAAGACCCUGUAUUUAAUUCAAUCCAUCUUAGCUCUUGACUGGAAGUUUGUGUUUGUAACCUCACAAAAUGUGAAAGGUUUGAGGGUAAUAAUACUUUUGCAAUACAAAGUAGCAGAGUGAACAACUCCAGUAAUUGUUUUAUUUGGCUAAUUAUUUCACUGAUUUGCACAGUGACAGAUUCUGAUUUCUUCAACCAACAUGAUUUUUUUUUUUCAGAAAUACAUUUGCCUUCAUCAGGCAAAACAAAGAAAAAGAUUAACGUUGACUCAAAACAUAUCCAUUUGUAUUUUUGGAGAAAGAAAGUGUUUAGAAAACAGCACAAUUUCAAAACUGAAAGCUCAGUUUUGAAAUCAAGCAAGCAAGCUUAAAUUGUCCUCACAUGGUAUACAAAUAUUAUGUUAUUUCCUUUAAAGUUAUUUACAACUUUAAAGGGAAGGGAAUCACUAUCGGAAAAAUAAGAAAAUAGGCUCCAGUUCCCCAGCUGAAUCUUUUCUUGUUUUCCAUCUGAUGACUUAUUUGUUCUGUGACAGAGUGAAGGACAUAAAUCAGGGUUAUUGUUGCCAAGUUGUUGCCCCAGUCAUGCCCUGUGUCUACCACGAGGGGGCAGUGUUAGGAUCUGGCUUUUAUUCAAUUGGUCAGGUAAGAUUUGAAAGAAGAAAAAAAAAAGAGUUCAGGACAUGAAAUUAUCUGAUAAUCUGGUCAAAAACAUGAAAUUAUCUGACAAUCUGAGUAUAUUCACUUGUGAGCACAUUAACACAGAAUCCUCACGUUUUUAGGUUUUUUUCACAAGAUAAUUUGAGAAAACAAAAAACUAGGCAAAUUUAGAAUGAAAUGCGCAAAAUAACUGUAUGAAACAUUUUGUUGAUAAUUCACAUUGAUCGCAGGUGUUUUAAGUAUGUUACAUUUUCAAAUAAGCAAGAAUUUGUCAUUUCACUCUGGUGUCAGAAAAUAAAUUGUGACUUUGUUUUGAACUGACAUCUUUAACUGAAGUGUUUCCUGUCAGAAUGUCGAGUUAUACGUAUUGAGACUUCUUGAAAAAUUUUUCAUCUUCUGAAUCACAAUACUGUAUUGUUGCUGUGUGAAAUAAAUUUGACAAUUGGUUACUUUUA